AGCUGCUGCAGUCGUCUUAUAUAGAUAUUUUUUCCCCUUCUACUUCCGCAUCCUCAACUCUUCUCCUUCCCGCCUCAUCCUCCUUCUCCCUUAUUAUCCUGUUCUUCGUUGGCGUAGUGCUGUAUUUUUUCGUUUUGUGUUUCCAGCUGCACCCUCACCCCCCUUCAGGAGUUUCCGUGCUCAUUGCUCUCACACCAUACACCUCCCCCUUUCUCUCACCAUUAUAUACUGCUAAAAUUCAUUCACGUUUUCUUUUUCUUCUCUUCCCGUUCUUUCUCUCUCUCUCCCGCUCCUUUCAUAUCAGUCUUCUUCUUUGUACCUCUUUCGUGCUGUCUGAUCGCUACUGCGUGCGGCUUUAUUCGUCUUGUUCGGCUUUCUGCCUUGUGCGAAUUGCCGCUGUUCGCCGCCUCAGCACUCUCGCCUUUCCGCGCUUUCCUUUUGUGUUUAUUAUCGUUAGUAGUAUUUCAACCCCAUCUUUCUUGUUGGGUGCUUUUUCUUCAAUAUCAUCCUUAUCUAUUAGGGGACUUUCUUGACCCUGGCAACUGUCACGGACGACGCUGGCACGACGCUAAGCAUUACGAGAUGACUUCGUUGCUUGCCGAUGUCUCGCAGUGGUACCAGCAACAACAGCAGCAGCAACCGCCGUUGUUCAAUCAGUGGCGUACGCCAGGCACGGCGCAAAUGCCGGUCGACCCCUGGGCCUCCGAGGAGACGUACGGAGUCGUGUGGUUUGGCCAUGUACCACCGAAACGCUUCUUUGAGAUGACCCCCUACUUCCUCUCGCUGGAAGAGGUCCGCCGCGACGACGAAGCGGCGGCGGAGGAUACUGAUCAUGUGAAGCGGCUCGACGUGAACUUCUUCGUCGACGGUCCUUACGCCGGGCAGGGCUUCGUCUGCCUCACCACCCCGCAUGCAGCGCGGGAGUUGGUGCGCCGCUUCCCGUGCUCUAUCAUGGUGGGCCAGUUUCCCCGCUUCUCCAUUACGCUGCGGCUGUCCUCCAUCGCCGAUCUCUACCGCGCGCAGUGCAACUACGCGUGCAAACGUGAAGUAGGGCGCGCCCGCUCCCCCACACCUCCUGUGCCGCAGAAGGUCGCCGACACGGCGCUUGCCGCAGAAGAGGCGGAGGACGGAAACACCGGAGAGCCGACGUUGAUUCACUGGCUGCGUGGACUACCCUUUGAGACGACUGAGGCAGACUUGGCUGCCUUCCUGAAGCCGAUCGAGGGCCGCGUUCGCAGCCUCCGCUUCGGCCGCCUCAGCACCGGGGAGUGCAGCGGCAACGUGUUCGUCGAGCUGAACUCGCUGGCGGACCGCAGCGCCAUCAUGCAGCUGCACAACGUCUUUUUUCCGGUCGCCGCACACGAGGGCCUCGCACCGCAGCUGCGGCCGAAGCCACGCUAUGUAGAGGUGAUUCCCGCCGACGCGGAACGCCGUGACGCGCAGCUGGAGAAGGACAGCUGCACCAGCCGCACCCCAUCCGGGAAGCAGCAGAAGUCCGCGCAGCAUGGCAUGCUGCCGGCACUCGUGCCGUCUAAUGACGCUGCCGCUGUCGCGAGGAAGAAGGCGAGCCGAAGCAGCGGUGCUUUGGCACCGAUGGGAAGCGCGUCGCUUGUACAGACGGCGCCUUCGCUUGCACCGCCGCAUCAGAGACGCCACCUACGCUUUCAGCAGCCGCUACCAUCACAGCAGCAGCACCAACAGCAGCAGCAGCAGCAGCAGCAAACAUCCUUUUACUCGUGUUCUUUGCCGUCGAUGGCUCCACCACAGCAGUACGGCACAAUGGGGGUGUACGCUCAAAGUCCUUCGACCUCAAUCCCACCUACGUUCCAGCGGCAGCCCCAGCAUCUGCAACUCCAGCAUCAGCGGCCGCAGCAUCAACAACUACAGCAGCUUUCCCUGUUCAUACAGCCCACGCAGCAGGUUGCGUACUUGCUGCCGCAACAACAGCCUGAGGAGCAGCAGCAGCAGUGCUGCUAUGUCAUCCAGAACUCUCCAAUACCUGCCCAACAGCUGCUGAUGAACUCGAGCGUCUUUCCGUCCUUCAACAUGGCAGUGAACGCGAAUAACUCGCCCACCAUUUCCAUAUUUUCGGUGAACCCGUCGUCGACGUGCUUUAACGGAGGCACACAGCCUGCAGGGCCCGAGACACAGCAAACGCUUGCGCUGGCGCAGUUUCCUUUCUUUUCUUUUGUUCCGACGCCCUCGCAGCCGCAGCAGCAACAGCGGUUUUUCGUCGUUUCCAACGACCAGAACGGUUUUCAUCCGCCGCACGCUCAACACUAA